AUGUCCGCCCAGACCCAAGCCCAAGUGGACCUCAGCGAAAAAGCCGCCGAUGCCUUCCAAGAUUUCUUCGCCCAACUCUACACCCUCUUCGAGACCGUCUGGACGCGCUUCUGGAAGAAUGGCUACGCCUCAAUUGCGCAGAUGAGCGGCAAGCGCUGGACAAAGGUCAUCGGUAGUGUGGUCUUCUACCUCAUCGUCAGGCCCUACAUCGAGAAACUGUUCAAGUGGAUGCACGACCGUGACCGCCGCAAGGAGAAGGAGAAGAGAGAUAAGGAGAGGGCUGAGUUCGGCAAGGUCAAGAUCUCGCCGAACUCGCUGCGUGGAGGUGGCGACAAGGGCAAGGUCAUUGGUGAAGUCGAAAACACUGAUGAUGAGCUCGAGGACGAGGAGGAUGUCAUGGCUGCUGCUAGUGGUGUUCCUGAGUGGAACAAGAUGGCGCGUAAGCGUCAGAAGAACUACAUCAAGAAUGUGAAGAAGGAUCAGCGCGCGCAGGAUCUGAGCCGUGAGCAGAUUAUGGAGUUGUUGGAUUGGAGUGAGGAUGAGGAACAUGCCCCCCAGGAGAAGAAGGAUCUAUGA